AUGGCUGGAUCAUCAGGAUUCCCAUCUAGUUACGAUCCAAGCAAAUACUACGACCCAGAAAUUCAAACUGUCCAUGAGCCUGCAAGGGUAAUCUUCGAGGAAUAUAGCAAGAUUCCAAACGAGAGGAUCGUAAGCCACAUCAAUGAAACUAGAAAACGCGCUUUCGCUGUGACGCCAUACCCAUGCAUAGGCCUCUUCAGAUUCCUCGAACUAGACCUCCAUCGAAUGUCAAUUUACCCCGAGAUCCUCGAACGAAUUAAAUCCGGCGACAAGUUCUUAGAUCUAGGAUGUGCACUGGGCCAAGAACUCCGGCACUUAGUCUACGAUGGUGCCCCCUCCACAAACCUCUACGGCUGCGACCUAACCCCUGACCUCUUCAACGUAGGUUACGACCUCUUCAACGACCGAGCCACCCUUCAAUCCCAAUUCAUCAUCAGUGACAUCUUCAACAACAAUUCUGAACUAGUCACCAACUUCAUAGGCCACUUCUCCAUCAUAAAUACCAUGUCCUUCUUCCACCUCUUCACCUGGAACCAACAGAUCGUCAUCGCAAAGCGCAUCAUAACCCUCCUCCGCCCACAGCCCGGUUCCUUACUCGUCGGACGGCAGGUCGGGAAGGUUAGACAUAGUGAGGGGCCCGAGCCGGAGGGAAGUUUGAUUGGGUAUUAUCAUAAUGAGGAAAGCUGGAAGUCGAUGUGGAGGGUUGUGGGAAGGGAGACGAGGACGAGGUGGGCAGUUGAUGUUGUGGGGGAGAAAUGGGGGGAGACUGCGAGUGAGGAGAUUUUAAGAUUAGUUAGGGAGCAGGGGCAGAUUAAGAUUAGGUUCGUAGUUAGGAGGGAAUAA